AUGCUGUUAACCGUCGAGACCGACUACGAAGCCGACUGUGGUGCGGACAGAAGGCCGCUUCCUGUACAUGGUCCACGAUCUGAUGCCAGACGAACAGAAGGCGACAUUGCCACGGGACUCGGAAGUGGGUUUGUUGGCCAGAGUCUGUCUUCAAUCUUGACUUUUUGUCGACAUGCUGAAGAGCCACGUCUAUGCAGGCGAGUAGAUCGACGAGCAAAGCAAGGGCCAUUCCAUUCAGAACUUGACAUUUGUUGUCAAUUAAUGUCGACUGCUUUCAAUGAAAGUGGUUUGUUGCAAACAGAAGCCUCGGAGGACGCCACACGCAUUCUGCAUAUGCACAAUGCCCAUAUUGAAAGGUUGACUUUUACUCCUGAAUUCUUGCUCAGGAGCGGUGAGACGAGCUGGCCUUUGACGAACUCUUCUUCGACAGGUCGACUCUUCUGGGCAGACUUAGACGAUGCCUGGUUGAGAUGCGAAACGUACAGGCUCCGAAUUGAGGCCAUGGCUUGUCUUGAAGUUCUGUUGCACGCAGUACAUGAGGGGCCAUGUAAAGCAGCGUGCCCGAGGCCGACAUAA